AUGUUGGGCUUCCUCGGAAAAUCCGUGGCCCUGCUUGCUGCGCUGCAGGCCACUCUCAUUUCUGCAUCUCCUGUAACUGCAAACGACGUCUCUGUUGAGAAGAGAGCCAGUGGAUACGCAAACGCCGUCUACUUCACCAACUGGGGUAUUUACGGCCGCAACUUCCAGCCUCAGAACCUGGUCGCGUCGGACAUCACUCAUGUCAUCUACUCGUUCAUGAACUUCCAAGCAGACGGCACUGUCGUCUCUGGAGAUGCCUACGCCGAUUAUCAGAAGCACUAUGACGACGAUUCUUGGAACGACGUCGGUAACAAUGCGUACGGCUGUGUGAAGCAGCUGUUCAAGCUGAAGAAGGCCAACCGCAACUUGAAGGUUAUGCUUUCCAUCGGUGGCUGGACCUGGUCCACCAACUUUCCUUCUGCAGCAAGCACCGAUGCCAACCGCAAGAACUUUGCCAAGACUGCCAUCACCUUCAUGAAGGACUGGGGUUUCGAUGGUAUUGACGUCGAUUGGGAGUACCCCGCCGAUGAUACCCAGGCCACCAACAUGGUUCUUCUGCUCAAGGAGAUCCGAUCUCAGCUAGAUGCCUAUGCUGCGCAAUACGCUCCGGGCUACCACUUCCUUCUUUCCAUUGCUGCCCCCGCUGGCCCAGAGCACUACUCUUUCCUGCACAUGUCCGACCUUGGCCAAGUUCUCGACUAUGUCAACCUCAUGGCCUACGACUAUGCUGGUUCUUGGAGCAGCUACUCCGGACACGAUGCCAACUUGUUUGCCAACCCGUCCAACCCCAACUCUUCACCAUACAACACCGAUCAAGCUAUCAAGGACUAUAUCAAGGGAGGUGUUCCCGCAAGCAAGAUCGUUCUUGGCAUGCCCAUCUACGGACGAGCUUUUGAGAGCACCGGUGGCAUUGGCCAGACCUACAGUGGAAUUGGAUCUGGAAGCUGGGAGAACGGUAUUUGGGACUACAAGGUUCUUCCCAAGGCCGGCGCCACAGUCCAGUAUGACUCUGUCGCACAGGCAUACUACAGCUAUGACCCCAGCAGCAAGGAGCUCAUCUCUUUCGAUACCCCUGACAUGAUCAACACCAAGGUCUCUUACCUCAAGAACCUCGGCCUGGGAGGCAGCAUGUUCUGGGAAGCUUCUGCUGACAAGACUGGCUCUGACUCCUUGAUCGGAACAAGCCACAGAGCUUUGGGAAGCCUAGACUCCACUCAGAACUUGCUGAGCUACCCCAACUCCCAGUAUGAUAACAUCCGAAGCGGUCUCAACUAG